CUGCCCUGCGACGGGUCAACCAGUUCCCAGGCUGAGCCACAUGGCCGCUGGGGGGCAAGUGGUGGGGAAGGGGAGGGGUGGAUGUCCGUGCAGUGGGGCGAGUCCCCUCCCCGCCCCACGCGACACGCCAGCUCCCCCCGAGGCAGGGCCCCGCACCCAAGGGUUGCCUCUGACUGCCCCCCCGCAUCUGGGGGCCUCAGCGGCAGGCAGUGGGGUGGGGUCGGGUGGGAGGAGGGGCGUGUCUCCCCAGAGAGGGUGUGGCCCAUGGUCCGGAGGGUCAGUCUCCCGGCCAGCGGGUCCUGCCGAGGGAGAGCUGACCCCGCUGCGGCCAGGCGGGCGGGCGGGUGGGCUGAGCGUGCGGAACGCCGACGGACCCAGCCGGCUCGCGGGGCUCCCAGCCAGCCCGCGCCCCUCCGGGCCGCACUUCCUCGGCAGCCCCGCCGCCCGCCCGGACGCGCCGCGCGCAGUCUCCGCCGAGCCGCCAGCCCUCCUACCCCCACGCCUACUGGGAGGAGCGGAUGCCUGUGACACCUCCGUCCCCACAGAGGUUCCAGCCAGAAGGAGCAGCCGCGCCUUAGGAUGGCCUCGCCCUCCCGCCCUCCCGCUUUCAGGCUCGAGACGUCAGAUGGAGGCCAAGAAAGUGGUGCCCAGGUGGACAGAGGAAAACUGGGCAGUGGUGCCGGGCCGCCCCCCAUGGAGUCACCAUUCCAGGGCGAGGACCGGAACUUCUCGCCUCAGAUCAAAGUGAACCUCAGCUUCCGAAAGGGGGCAGGUGCCAGCCAGCCAGACCCAAACCGCUUCGACCGUGACCGGCUCUUCAGCGCGGUGGCCCGGGGGGUCCCCGAGGACCUGGUGGGGCUACCAGAGUACCUGCGCCGGACCAGCAAGUACCUCACGGACUCGGAGUACACAGAGGGCUCCACGGGGAAGACAUGCCUGAUGAAGGCCGUGCUGAACCUUCGGGACGGGACCAACGCCUGCAUUGAGUCGCUGCUGCAGAUUGACCGGGACUCCGGCAAUCCUCGGCCUCUGGUCAACGCCCAGUGCACAGAUGAGUACUACCAAGGCCACAGCGCCCUGCACAUCGCCAUCGAGAAGAGGAGCCUGCCGUGUGUGAAGCUCCUGGUGGAGAAUGGGGCCGACGUGCAUGCCCGGGCCUGUGGCCAGUUCUUCCGGAAGAAGAGCCAAGAGACCUGCUUCUACUUCGGCGAGAUGCCCCUCUCUCUGGCUGCGUGCACCAAGCAGUGGGACGUGGUGACCUAUCUCCUGGAGAACCCGCACCAGCCCGCCAGCCUGCAGGCCGCCGACUCGCUGGGCAACACAGCCCUGCACGCCUUGGUGAUGAUCGCAGACAACUCGGCCGAGAACACGGAGCUGGUGACCCGCAUGUACGAUGGGCUGCUCCAGGCGGGGGCCCGCCUCUGCCCCACGGUGCAGCUCGAGGACAUCCCCAACCUGCAGGGCCUCACGCCCCUGAAGCUGGCCGCCAAGGAGGGCAAAAUUGAGAUUUUCAGACACAUCCUGCAGCGGGAGUUCCUGGGGCCGAGCCAGUCCCUCUCCCGCAAGUUCACGGAGUGGUCCUACGGGCCCGUGCGGGUGUCGCUGUAUGACCUGGCCUCUGUGGACAGCUGCGAGGAGAACUCCGUGCUGGAGAUCAUCGCCUUCCAUUGCCAAAGCCCGCACCGGCACCGAAUGGUGGUUUUGGAGCCGCUGAACAAACUGCUGCAGGCGAAGUGGAAUCUGCUCAUCCCCAGGUUCCUGUUCAACUUCCUGUGUUACUUGACCUACGUGUCCAUCUUCACCGCUGUCACCUACCACCAGCCUCCCCUGGACAAGGACUUCCUCCCGCUGGAGGUGACCGCUGGGAACUCCGUGCUGCUGCUGGGCCACAUCCUGAUUCUGGUCGUGGGGGCCAACAUCCUCAUGGGCCAGCUGUGGUACUUCUGGAGGCGCCGGCUGUUCAUCUGGAUCUCGUUCAUGGACAGCUACUUUGAAAUCCUCUUGUACGUGCGGCCUCACUCCUCCUCCCCUGUCUCCUGCCUGGGAGGGGGCACCAGGCUGGCUUUGGGGCCUGGUCCAGGCGCUGCUCGCCGUGCUGUCCCAGGUGCUGUGCUUCCUGGCCAUCGAGUGGUACCUGCCCCUGCACGUGUGCUCGCUGGCGCUGGGCUGGGUGAACUUGCUGUACUACAUGCGCGGCUUGCAGCACACGGGCAUCUACAGUGUCAUGAUCCAGAAGGUCAUCCUGCGGGACCUGCUCCGCUUCCUCUUGGUCUACUUAGUCUUCCUUUUCGGCUUCGCUCACUGGUGAGCCUGAGCCGGGAGGCCCAGGACCCCGGGGCCCCCGCGGGCUCCAACAGCACGGAGGCGGCGGGCGAGGGGGACAAGGAGGGCAGCACGGCCCCGUACGAAGGUAUCCUGGACGCCGCCCUGGAGCUGUUCAAGUUCACCGUCGGCAUGGGCGAGCUGGCCUUCCAGGACCGGCUGCGCUUCCGCGGGGCGGUGCUGCUGCUGCUUCUGGCCUACGUGCUGCUCACCUACGUCCUGCUGCUCAACAUGCUCAUCGCGCUCAUGAACGAGACCGUCAGCAGCGUCGCCAGCGACAGCUGGAGCAUCUGGAAGCUGCAGAAAGCCAUCUCUGUCCUGGAGAUGGAGAACGGCUACUGGUGGUGCAGGAGGAAGAAGCAGCGGGCAGGUGUGAGACUGACAGUUGGCACCAGGCCGGACGGUCGCCCCGACGAGCGCUGGUGCUUCAGGGUAGAGGAGGUGAACUGGGCUGCGUGGGAGCAGACGCUGCCCACCGUGCGCGAGGAGCCCGCGGGGCCAGGCGGCCCUGGCGCCCUGAAGAGCCCAGCCCUGGCCUCCCAAUCCAGCCAGGACAGUGCCGUGGAGGAAGACCAUGUGCCCCUCCAGCUCCUUGAGUCCCACUGACGCAGCAGGGGGCCGGGAGGACAGAGCAUGGAAUGUUUCCAGCCCCACCUACUGGCUCUGGGACCUCAAGGGACUUUGGUGGCAAAAAUAAGUAAUUUCUUGUGGCUAACUCUCCUGGAAACAUUAGUUGAAUUAAGGUACUUGGCCCCAGGACUUCCCUGGUGGCACAGUGGUUAAGAAUCUGCCUGCCAAUGCAGGGGACACGGGUUUGAGCCCUGGUCCGGGAAGACCCCACAUGCCGCGGAGCAACUGAGACCGUGCGCCACAACGGUCUCUGGAGCCCACGUGCCGCAACUACUGAAGCCCGUGUGCUCUAGGGCCCAUGCUCUGCAACGAGAAGCCACUGCAAUGAGAAGCUCGCGCACCACAACGAAGAGUAGCCCCCGCUCAUUGCAACUAGAGAAGAGCCCGCGCACUGCAACAAAGACCCAACACAGCCAAAAAUAAAAUAAAAAAGAAUUAAAAAACAAAAGGUACUGAGCCGCU